CCUCGCGUCGCAUCGCACUCUGCAUCCCAUCCCUGUCUCUCUCUCUCGCACGGUCUCGCUUUGUUCAGAUCGAAAUCGAAAUGGCGAAGAUCAAGAUCGGGAUCAACGGAUUCGGAAGGAUCGGGAGGCUCGUGGCCCGGGUUGCCCUGCAGAGCGACGAUGUCGAGCUCGUCGCCGUCAACGACCCCUUCAUCACCACUGACUACAUGACUUACAUGUUCAAGUAUGACACUGUGCACGGCCAGUGGAAGCAUCACGAGGUUAAGGUGAAGGACUCAAAGACCCUUCUCUUUGGUGAGAAGGAGGUCACCGUGUUUGGCUGCAGGAACCCUGAGGAGAUCCCCUGGGGUGAGACUGGUGCUGAGUUUGUUGUGGAGUCCACUGGUGUUUUCACUGACAAGGACAAGGCUGCUGCUCACCUGAAGGGUGGUGCUAAGAAGGUUGUCAUCUCUGCUCCCAGCAAGGAUGCUCCCAUGUUUGUUGUUGGUGUCAAUGAGAAUGAGUACAAGCCUGACAUCAACAUUGUGUCCAACGCUAGCUGCACCACCAACUGCCUUGCUCCACUUGCCAAGGUUAUCAAUGACAGAUUUGGCAUUGUUGAGGGUUUGAUGACAACUGUCCAUGCAAUCACUGCCACUCAGAAGACUGUUGAUGGACCCUCGGCCAAGGACUGGAGGGGUGGAAGGGCUGCCAGUUUCAACAUCAUCCCAAGCAGCACUGGAGCUGCAAAGGCUGUCGGCAAAGUGCUUCCUGCUCUCAAUGGAAAGUUGACUGGUAUGGCUUUCCGUGUUCCAACUGUGGACGUCUCUGUCGUUGAUUUGACUGUCAGGCUUGAGAAGGCAGCUUCGUACGAUCAGAUCAAGGCAGCUAUCAAGGAGGAGUCUGAGGGGAAACUCAAGGGAAUUUUGGGUUAUGUUGAGGAGGACCUUGUUUCCACAGACUUCCAGGGAGAUAACAGGUCAAGCAUCUUUGAUGCGAAGGCUGGUAUUGCUCUCAAUGACAACUUUGUUAAGCUUGUGUCCUGGUAUGACAACGAGUGGGGAUACAGCACUCGCGUUGUUGACCUUAUCCGUCACAUGUACAAGAGCCAAUAGAUCGCUCAAGAGUUGAAGACUCGAGUCUUUCGUAUGAAAUGGAGUUACAGAGAACUCCUGAAAAUAAGUCGGACCUUCUCCGAGCUAUUAGAGCUUUUGUUAGCGUAUGCUGCUUGUUAUUUUCCCAUUGUUUUCUGUAAAACUCGGUGUAAGGUUAACUUGUACUUUAUCUUAGUGCUUUAUAAUAUUUGUUUUUGAAUUUGAAAAUUUACUGGUGUUUGGUGAGAAGCCCUUGAAGGGUGAGAUGGCUGCACUGUGGAAUGUUAGUACUCCGUAACUCGGUUUACGUUCACUGGAUUUAGAUUUGAGAAGGUUAGCACUUAAACAGUCA